CGUGGUCCCUGGAAGUCCCCGCGGGCGGGUCCGGGCAGGUGGAGGCGGCGCGGCGCCGGGAGCCCCGCGGGGCCGCCCGGGCCCGCCCGUGACAGGCGCGUCCUGGGGAACCUCGCGGUCACCCCGCUUCUCCUGAUGUCUCCACAGCCCCGAUGCACCGGGCGGGAGAGCGUGCUGUCCGUGCGGCUCCGUUUAACCGACUGAAUGCAAGGCCCCCGUAUUUCUCAUGAAGGGAUGUGACCGACCAUGGCAGUCAUGUCAGGAUUGAUGAUAUAUCGCAUACAUUGAUGCCAUGUCGUUAAAAAAACAGGACUUUGUCUAAGUCAACAGGUGAUUUGGGGGGAGCACAAAAGUCUUCUUUGAAGAGCUUUGUACAGGUACUGCAGGAUGGCAGAAGCAGUGUUGGUUGAUCUAUUUGGUUUGACAUUGAACUCUCAGGAAAACUAUCCGACAUUACUGAAGACAUUGGAUGCUGUUAGAUCCCACCAUGCUGCCAAGGCCAAGCUCCUUUGCAUAAUGUGUUGCAGUAACAUCAGCUGUGAAAGGAACGGUGACCUUGAUACUUACGAAUUAGAAACAACCAAUGGAUUGUCAGCUCUCUUGAGAGAAUUUGAGAUUGUUAGCAAUCCCAGUAUGGCUGCCUCUUUGUAUACCAUUAAACAGAAAAUUGAUGAAAAAAACCUGAGCAGCAUUAAGGUAAUGGUACCCAUGCAGCGGAAGACAUUAAUGAAGGCUUUUAUUGAUCAACUCUUCACUGAUGUUUACAAUUUUGAGUUUGAAGAUUUACAGGUAACGUUGAAGGGAGGUCUUUUGAAACAGUCCACUGAGAUAAGCAUGAUCACAACUCAAGAACUAGAAGCUAUACAGAAUGAAAUAGAAACAUAUUUGAGAAGUCUGCCGGCACUGAAAGGAGAGUUAACCAUCCUCACAACUCCUUUGAUCUCAGACAUUUUCAUACAUGGAUUUACUACAAGAACAGGUGGGAUAUCUUACAUACCAACUCUCAGCUCAUUCAAUCUCUUCAGUAGCUCCAAACGAAGAGAUCCCCGGGUAGUUGUUCAAGAAAAUCUGCGUAGGUUGGGGAGUGCUGCAGGAUUUAAUGUGAAGAAAUUUUACAGAAUAAAGACAGAUCAUGCCAAUGACGUCUGGGUUAUGGGAAGGAAGGAGCCGGAAUCUUAUGAUGGAAUCACCACAAAUCAGAGAGGAGUCACCAUAGCAGCUCUUGGUGCUGACUGUAUACCGAUAAUUUUUGCAGAUCCUGUUAAAAAAGCAUGUGGGGUUGCUCACGCUGGUUGGAAAGGUACUUUGCUAGGUGUUGCUAUGGCUACCGUGAAUGCUAUGAUAGCAGAAUACGGUUGCAGUUUGGAAGAUAUUAUUGUCAUACUGGGACCUUCAGUAGGACCUUGCUGUUUUACUCUUCCAAGGGAAUCUGCAAAUGCAUUUCAUAAUAUUGAUCCUGAAUGUGUGCGGCUAUUUGAGUCACCAAAUCCCUAUGUUGACAUUCGUAAAGCCACCAGGAUUCUUCUAGAACAAGGAGGAAUUCUACCACAGAAUAUCCAGGACCAGAUACAAGAUCUCAACCUCUGUACAUCCUGCCAUCCUGAGAAGUUCUUCUCCCAUGUCCGCGAUGGCCUUAAUUUUGGUACACAGAUUGGCUUCAUAUCAAUUAAAGAAUGAGAUACUUGACUGGAUUUUUAGAGAACUAUUUCCUGCCUCCUUCCAAACUGACUGCAAGAGAGAAAUUUAGUUGUUUGAUUUACUUAACACCAAAAGGAUUACAAUGGAAAAUUCAUGUUUAGGGUAAAUGUUCACUAUUAUCCAAAAUCCAAUGAUUUUCAUUCAAUUCUAACAAUAACUAAUUCUAAUAAUAAUCAGUGGGAUGUGGUUUAUACAUUUUAUAUAGGUAAGGAUUAUUCUUAAAGUUUGUUUCUCUGUUACAUAAAUCAAGACUAGGUCUGUUCAGUUCAGGAUUUAUUGGGUACCCUCUAUCAGUCAUUGUGUGAAGCUUGGGUGAAAUCAAAAUAAGUAAGACUUUUUCCUGUUGAGUGUAAUGCUAUGGAGGAGAUAAAAAAAACUUCUAACACUUUAAUUUUAAUAGCAGUAAGAAAAGUACAGAAGAAGGAAGGAUUAAUACUACCUUGAAGGCAGGAUAGAGAAGAUAUUACAGAAAAAAUGGAUGACAUGGGCCUGAAAAAUGUACAGGCUUUUGACAAAUGAAAACAACCAUAACAAAUUAAGGGAACACCAUGAACUAGGACAUGAAACUGAAAGUUAACAUGUUCUAGAAAGAGAAGGGUGUGGACAGAAAUUACUGGCAAAACAGGUUAGAAAGAUUAUUUGGGAUCUCAAAUGCCAUGUCAAAGGGUUUAGAGUUUAUUUCCAGGCAAGGAAUAGGCAUAAAAUGUAAGGGAGUGUUUUAAGGUCCUUAGCAUUACAUUGAGAAAGGUUGAUAACUUUCUGAUUUUUCACUGGGCAUUAUUUUGUUUGAAGUUUAUAAAUUUACAGAAUAUUUUACUUUAUGAAUGAAAAUAUUCAAAAUCCAAAUAAAAAUUGUUUGAUUAUCUAUGA